UUCUUUUUAUUUCUUUUGAGCACAUUUUAACAUUCCCUUGUUUAUUCGGGGGGGUUCAACGCGUAGGCGUAGGAAAGUAAAGGAAUCGAAGAAGAGAGCCCUAAUAAAUAGGGAUCGAAUUUUGUUAUGUGUGUUUUAUUCGGGGUUUAACGCGUAAGCUUCCUUUGUUGUUUGUUCUUGGUUCUCGAUUUAUUCGAAUUUUGUUUGUGUGUUUUAUUCGGAAUGUCGAAAAGUAAUUGUAGAUUCCCAAUAGAAGAUGAUGAACAAUUUGGUGAAGUACGUAAUGGGUAAACCUUUUCCUGAUAGGCACACUGUUAUGGAUGACGUGGAUCAACGUUAUGGAAUGAGAGGGUUCACUCCAUCGGAAAUUUUUGAAUGUACCAAGUGGAUCUAACCACUUUUACUUUCCAUAGAUCGAUUUCUUAUGAAACCCUUCGAUAAAUCAAUUCAAGAUUCUCCCUAUGCACAUUGUUAACCUUCCGAAGAGAAGCAUUUGUUAUGUGAGUGUGGGUUUUGGUUAUGAAAAGAAUGCUGAUGAUUACAAGGUCGUGAGGGUUCUAAGCUAUUAUGCUGGUAGGCCAGCGACUAUAGUUGAGGUUUAUGCAACCAAAUUGAGUUCUUGGAGAGAUGUGAAGACUGAUCUUAGAUUAAACAUGACUACCUGCAACUGUGAUGCAUUUGUUGAAGGGUUUGCUUACUGGGUUAUCAGAAACGAGAAUAAACCUUGUAAAACUGUUCUUGCCGCGUUUGAUUUGAGGAGCGAGAUGUUCAGAUAAUUCCAAUUCCGGAAGUGUUAGUAAAGGAUCUCACAGCUUUAGUGCCAUGAACUAUCAUGGGUCACUUGCAUUGCUUGCAUACUGUUAACACGAUGAAUUCAAGAAGUGUCUUGAGGAUUGGAUGAUUGAAAAUGGUAGCUGUGGAGAGGGUGUAUGGCAAUAGAAAUUCACCUUUGGCAUGGGUUUUGAUUUUUCUACGCAUUGGGGUCUUACUAGUGGAGAUAUAGCAGAUGAAAAUGCUCCAAACAUGCCAUUCUUGUUCUACCUGAGAACAAAACAAUUGAGGAUAGUAUGAACACAUCUUCUUCAUCCAAUUUUCUACUAUACUGAGAGCCUUGUAUCGAUUAAGGACUUCAAGCCUGUCCCCGGUCGAUACAAGAAGAAAAGGAAGGCUUCAAUUCCAUAGAAGAAAAGCAAGAUAAAGCUAACAAGACAUAGCUGAUCUGAAGUAAAUGUAGCAAUUCCAACAUGUUAUAUUGUACUUUUUCUUGUUUGUGUGUCAUACGCAUUCCUAUGAUAGUUUUAUGUCUGAUCUAUUGUAGUCAUAGGGAUUUAAAUGUUCAAUGACUGGCCUCAUUAUGGUCUUAGAUAUGUACUUUGAGUUGUUAUCUGUAGUAAGAAAAUUAAUCAGUGUAAUGUGCAUUUGUGACAAUUCUUGAUAUACAGCAUGGUGGAAUCCCCAAAGAAUACAGAUACCUUUAAUGCAAAUUUUUCUUCAGUAUGGUUUGCCCGACGGAUUGUGUUAGUGGGUGUCUGUCGCGGUUAGGGGGUAUUUUGGGAUGUCAAAAUUACACUAGGUAUAUUGUUGAUGCUGCUGCUGCUGGGAUGAGAAUAAAUUGUAUAGCCUUUUGAUGCUAGAGAAUAUUGCAAGUGGCAUCUUGAAUGAGCUGCCUAUUUUUGCAAUCCCUUAGAGAAUGACAGAGUCUUUUGAGGCUGAAAAAAUCUUGUAAUUUCUCAGUUAGUUUGGCGACGUGGUUCAAACGCAAGGUACGUAGCUCUGAACCUACUUAAGAUUUAUUUGGAUGAAAAUAGAAAAUCUUACUAAUACGUGAAUAAUUAAAUCUUGUAUAACUAAUCCCUGCAUAACAUAGUAUAUAGAUUCUCUUAUAACUGAUCCUUAUAUUACUAAUGAUUGUGGUGAAUCAUUAUUUCUUGAAGUAGAUGUUCCAAGCAUUUUCGUCCAUUAUUUCUUGGAAGAUUUGGAAAAAAAUAAACAAGAUGACAAAUGAUAGAACGCAGCUCAUCAUGGAAUAUGUCUUCUUUAAAUAACAUUGAGAAGACUUGUAAAGUCAAGUCCCCUGCCUCUGGAAAACAUACAACCGCUUAUGCAUGCACUGGUUUGGCCCCAGUAGCCUUCUUGCUUUAAUAUGACACCUACCUCUCACUUCCGUAAUAAUUUUUUAUCCUUGUAUGUAGCUGAAAAUUUUAUUCCUUAUCUCAUCUGCAGUUCCGGUUAGUUCUAUCAAUCACUUGCACACAUGGAGAGAGCAUAUUCUUUCUUUCUUUCACUACUAGUCUUGAAACUCCACUUCGUAGAGGUCACAAACAUAAACACAGAUCAAUCAGCUCUUCUUGCCUUAAAAGCCAGUAUUAUUCUAAACUCUUCUCAUCCCUUAACCCAAAAUUGGUCAGGAAUUCUUAAUAAAAGUAAAAGGAGAAAGAAGAAAAGCACUGGAGUGUGGAACUUACUAUUGAGUUCACUAUUCUCAUUUUUACUUUAUGAGUUUGAGGAAAAAUUCAUUAGGAGAAGAACCAACAUUUUUGCCUGUGAAUAUGUAAUUGUGAUGAAUUUGAAAUAUAUACUUUAUGUUGAGAAGUGAAGUAAGCAACUCAAGUCUCCAUUACUAUUAGUUUAUUUUCGCGUGUGCUAUGAGUCUGUAUCCAUAAUGACUGUGCAAACUCAAAUUUGAUCCCAGUUGAGCAUAUGUGCAGGUCGUGCUGCCUUUAGCAAAUUUGGUGACACCAAUUGAGAUGAAAACCAACAUUUGUUCCUGAGGAUUGAACUUUUUUUGUUUCUUGUUCUUUCCUCUUGUGUAUGUUUCAAGUUUGAGUGUGCGUGUGUGUGUGUCAUAUAACUUUCAUAUAUAAGACGUGUACUACAAUUGAAAUGGAAGAAUGCCCUGUAUAUUAUAUUGGUGAUAGUUAUUGUGCUGAUAUUAACUACAAGAGUGCACGAAGAGCAGUUGUGUAAUGCUGAGCUAAAGUUUAGUGUGUGUUAUAUUUUUUAUUUCCUUAAUCAUUUUUUCUUAAGUAUGACGAUGCAACAGUUGUUUUGUCCCAAGAGGAAUUGUAAAGUCUUGCACAGGAGGAUAUUCUUGAUGUCAACUUAAUGGAACCAGACUUUAUGAAAAAGUUGCAUUGUGUGUCCUAUGUUUCGGAGUUGGCAUUGAAUUGCGAAGCUGAAUCUCCUAGUGAGAAGUUGAACAUGAAAGCUGUCCUGACAAAUAUCAAGAAGAUGAAACAUGAAUUUCUUCGCUAAUGAUGUAGCAAGGUUUAUGUGAUGGUAAGUAUCCAACUUUCGAAACGAUUUUAUGUAGUCUUGAGAAAUUUUUUCAUGGCUUAAUGAUUUUGCUCAUGCUGGUGAGUAUAGUGUUUGACUUUUUGUGAUAAGAUUGGCUUGUCAAUUGUGUCGAGUAAAGCUUUCAGCUUUGAAAGUUGGUUGUAUUAGGGGUGGCAAACGGCGGGUCGAGUCGGAUAUGAGCGGGUCAUAAAUGGGUCAGGGGUAAACGGAUAAAAUAUCCGUCCAGACCCAUAUUUGAUAUGGAUAAAAAUGAGUAAACCCAAUAAUAUGGAUAUCCAUAUUAUCCAUUGUUUCUUAUUAUGUAAAGAAAAAAGUACUUUGAGAUUACAAGCAUUUUUUUUCCUUCUUUUUCUUCUUUAAGAUGUGUAUCGUAUGAAAGAAAAUAUUUUCAUGUUUCUCAAGAAACUAUUUUUCUGGAAAAUAAGUGGUUCUGAGUUGGCGUCAGAAGUCGAAUCCCAGGCCGAGGUGAAAAUUCGAAUCAUGGGUCGAGUCGGAAGUCUGUUUCAAUCAUGGGUUGGGUCUUGGGUUGGGGUCGGGAUUUGGAUCUCAGUUCUUGGGUUAGGGUUGGCAUUUGGAUCUCCGGUCUCGGAUCAGUUUCAAAAUUUGUAUGUGCUAUCUGUCUCCUGCUUUGAAAUUCAAGACUAUACCCUAAACUUAUGAUUAGGAAAAAGAAGAAAAAUUGAAUGACAUAAUUCAAGACGUUUUUGGUUGAAAUAUAGGCCAUCUGCUAUUAUUGCAUUUUUUCUUCCCUCUUUUAGUCAACUUUUGGCUUCAGACGUGAAUGGUGUGUAAAGUAACAUAAAAUUUGCAUGCUACAUUAAUAUUCAAACCAACAGUGAAGGUAUGUGCCCCGCAACAAUGAAUAAAAUAUUUUGAUCCACAAGAAAUUUGAAGCCAAACUUAUUAUUAACUUGAAUUUACAAACUUGCAAUCCUUAGGCUCUUUAUGUUUCUAAUAAGAUAAAAGAUAUUUUUUGUUUAUAUAAAUACAAAUAUAUCAGCUUCUAUUAUGGUGGAAAAUGUAGUUCAAUAUUUCCUUUGAGUGAUAGGUUCAGUUUCCAGUUGCAUCUUGAAUUUUAGUAUGGCUGUCUGUUCACUCUUUAAUAGUCUGUAGACCAGCAUGGGCAUCCUUUAAUGCUCAGAUAUAUAAUGGGGCUCCUCAAAUUUGGCUAUAGAGCUGCCCGAGUCAAGUCACACAUUAUACAAACAGAAAUUUAAUUAAUAAUUAGUAAAGUCAAACCGCCAGAACAUAUCUAGAAACCUUGCAACCACUUAUCUACACAUUGAUUACUCCCAAUAGCCCUCUUGCUUUGAUAAGGCAUUAGGCUCUGACUUUCUUAGAACCUUUCUACCUCUAUUUAUAGCUCACCACUAUUUUACUUAUUUUAUCUGCACUUCUAAUACUACUAGCAAUCACAUGGAGAAAGCCUACUCUUUCUUUCUUUCACUACUACUAGUCUUGCAACUCCACUUCUUAGAGGCCACAAACAUAAACACAGAUCAAUCAGCUCUACUUACCUUGAAAGCCAGCUUUACUCUAAACUCUUCUCAUCCCUUAGCUCAAAAUUGGUCUUCUCAAGCUUCCGUAUGUGAUUGGAUUGAGUCACUUGCGACUCUCGUCACCACAGGGUGACUGCACUAAAUAUAUCCAACAUGGAUAUUCUUGGAACCAUUCCACCACAGCUGGGAAACCUCUCUUUUCUCAUUUCUCUAGAUGUAGUAAGAAAUAAUAGAUUACAUGGAGAUCUCCCUCAAGAAUUAUCUCAUUUACAUAGAUUGAAGGUGAUGGAUGUUGGAUAUAAUAAUUUCAGAACUGGAGAGAUUCCAAUGUGUCUUGGCGUUUUUUCUGAGCUUCAGAUGUUGAUUCUUGAUAACAACAGUUUCACUAUUAUACCUCCUGCCUCUAUUUCUAACCUAUCCAAGUUAGAAAUUCUCAGUGUUAGCUUCAAGGCAGCAUCCCUGAGGAGAUUGGCAACCUUCGGAGUCUAAAGGAGUUGAAUUUAGUCAAAAACCAACUUACUGGCUCCAUUCCAUUCUCCAUUUUCAAUAUCUCCACAUUAGAGACCUUACUAUUAACAGACAAUAAAAUUAUCAGGGAGUCUUCCUGUAGAUAUGUGCCACAGUCUUCGAAAAUUUAAAAAGAUAGUCGUAAUUUCAAACAAGUUAAGUGGUCCCAUUCCAGCAGGUUUGUCUAACUGCACGGAAUUGUAUGAAUUGUCGUUGUCAUACAAUAGCUUCAGUGGGAGCAUUCCACCAGAAAUUGCAAACAUGGAGAGGCUUGAGUUCUUAAACCUCGGGGGAAACAACUUGCGAGGCACAAUUCCUGUCAAGAUUGGUAAUUUGCGGAACUUGCAGCAAUUACAACUGGAGGACAACCAAAUCGUGGGUUCAAUGCCGCACACCAUAUUCGUGAACAUGUCAUUACUACGGUUACUUAAUUUCAACACCAAUAAUCUAACUGGUGUUAUACCCAGAGAGAUUGGGAACCUUCAGAAAUUGGAGAUACUUUAUUUGCAAUAUAACAAAUUAAGUGGCUCCAUUCCCAGCUCAUUGGGGGAUUGGAGACAUCUCGAAGAGUUAACUUUCUCCUACAAUAAUUUAACAGGUGCUAUACCCAGAGAGCUCUUCAAUAUCUCUACUCUAGUAACCAUGUUACUUGACAACAAUAACCUUUCGGGUAGUCUUCCAUCUGCUCCAGGCUACUGGAAAACAAAUCUAGAGCAUUUGGAUCUUCCUCAAAACAACAUAGGUGGAGUCAUACCCAUCUCAAUUUCCAAUUCCUCAAAUCUAAAGGAAUUAUAUCUUAGUGAAAACAAAUUCAGUGGCCAAAUUCCUAACUCGUUGGGGGAUUUGAGACAGCUUGAGCGCUUGUAUUUGUACACCAACAACUUAUCGUCUCCCCAACUAAGUAUCUUAACUUCAUUGGCGAACUGCAGAUGUAUAGAUAUAGAAUUCACGGAUAAUCCUCUGAAUGGUGUUCUUCCAGGAUCCAUAGGCAAUCUCUCCAGCACCAUUGAAAUAUUUUAUUUAGCUCUUUCACAAAUUACGGGUCACAUACCAUUAGGAAUAGGGAAUUUAAGUAACUUAAACACUUUGUCCCUAUUCGGGAAUGACUUAACUGGAUCAGUGCCAAGAACAUUAUGUGAUUUACAAAAACUUCAAGGGUUAAGUCUUGACCAAAAUAGGUUAAGUGGACCCUUGCCAGAGUGCCUUUGCAAAUUGCCGGAGUUGGGUGUGGUUUCUUUGACGUAUAAUCAAUUUUCAGGUCCAAUACCAUCUUGCAUUGGCGACGUUACCUCUUUGAGAAAUCUUUAUCUAAAGUCAAAUAGGUUCGCCAACGUACCCUUGAGUCUAUGGAGCCUCAAAGAUCUUUUGGAGCUUGACUUGUCAAAUAACACUUUGGUUGGUUCUUUACCUCCAGAUUUUGGAAAUUUGAAUGCAAUAACUUCCAUAGAUCUUUCGAGGAAUCAUCUUUCAGGAAGUAUUCCCUCCACAGUUGGAGACUUGCAGCAACUACUUUAUCUUUCUUUGGCAUAUAACGAGUUACAAGGAUCUAUUCCGGAGUCACUCGGGAACAUGGUAAGUUUGGAAUCGGCGAAUCUAUCCAGUAACAUUCUAUCAGGCGUGAUUCCAAAAUCAUUAGAGAAACUUAAGUAUCUGAAGAAUUUCAAUGUAUCAUUCAAUAGAUUAGAAGGUGAAAUUCCAUUUAAAGGACCUUUUCUUAAUUUCACCUCUCAAUCUUUUAUGGGAAAUGAAGAGUUAUGCAGCGAUUUGCUUCUCCAUCCUUGUAUGACUAUGUCUUCUCAUCAUUCAAGGAGAAGCAAAUUGCUUCUGAUUAUACUCGUCCCAUUUGGAGCUUCAGUAAUGGUACUUGGCACAAUCAUUGUGUUUAUGUUUAGGAGACGCGGGAAUAAAAAUGUUCCAACUCAAGCCGAAUCCUUUCCUGCAAUAACACUAGCCAGGAUUUCAUACAUUGAAAUUGAAAGGGCAACUCAAGGGUUUGACCAAUGCAAGUUAACAGGCUCUGGAGGUUUUGGUUCUGUUUACAAGGGCGUGUUUGCAAGUGGGAUGACUUUGGCAAUCAAGGUGUUCAAUAUACAGGUAGAAGGUGCGUUAAAGAGUUUUGAUGCUGAAUGUGAAGCUUUACGCAACCUUCGCCACAGAAAUCUUACCAAAGUUAUCAGCAGUUGUUCUAACUUGGAUUUUAAAGCAUUACUUCGAGAGUACAUGCCCAAUGGAAGCCUGGAGAAAUGGUUACAUUCUGAUGAGUACUUCUUGAAUAUGAUACAAAGAUUAGACAUAAUGAUCGAUGUUGCAUUAGCUUUGGAAUAUCUCCAUCAUGGUUAUGCCACAAUUGUUGUACAUAGUGACUUGAAGCCUAGUAAUGUCCUGCUAGACGAGAAGUUGGUUGGCCAUGUGAGUGACUUUGGCCUGACCAAGUUAAUAGGAGAAGGGGAAUCAAUUGCUCAUACAAUAACUCGUGCUACGAUGGGCUACAUUGCACCAGAGUAUGGAUCAGUAGGAUUAGUUUCUCGAAGAUGUGACGUGUACAGCUAUGGAAUUAUGCUCAUGGAAACUUUCACAAGGAAAAAGCCAUAUGAUGAAAUGUUUCAAGAAAAUUUGAACAUGAGGAUUUGGGUCUCUAAUUCACUACCCGUCGCACCAGAUGAUAUUAUUGAUGACACCUUAUUGGAACCUGAAGAUAUUGAUUUUGAGAAAAAGUUGCAUUGUGUGUCCUCUAUUUUGGAGUUGGCAUUGAAUUGCACAGCUGAAUCUCCUAAUGAGAGGCCGAACAUGAAAGAUGUUUUGGCAAAUAUCAAGAAGUAUCCAAUCUUUUUAAACAUUCUAAUGUCACAAAUGUAGAAAUGGGUUUUAUCAUACAAACUAUAUAAAGAGCAGGGACAAGGGGCAGAUAUACCACUAUCAGUGUAUUUUGCGUGUGUUAUUAUUUCUGGUCAGUUAUUCCAUAAAUGUAGAAAUGGGUUUUAUCAUACAAAUAAAGAUAAUGCAUGAAUUAAAUGAUUGAACUGACCACCUCAUGUUUUAGUUUGCAUAAGUUUCCAUGUGCUCUCGAAAUAAGAACUCUCUUGUGAUGUUUAAAUCUUUUGGGUGGUCAUUUAUAUGCUUUUCAAUGAAAAGGGCUAUGGAUAUGAUAUGACUUGCAAGUCUAAGUAUGACGAUACCUAUUACGAAUUGCCCUUAGUAUGAAAGUAAAUGUUAUAAGCAUGAAGCAUGGUUUUGAAAGGUUAAAAUUGGCUUGAAGAGAGUUAGAUGGUUACCCGAAAAAGUCACGAGUUCAGAUAAAUCAUUGUCCGAAACCGUGUUUUGCUGAUACAGGAUUGAUUGUGCCCUGAAAGAGAGGAUGUGUCCUGAAAGAAGGGAUGUGCCCUGAAAGAGGGGAUUAUACGUUGUCUUUGCGCCCUUUUGCAUAUCAGAAUCAGAAACUCCAGCCCUUGUGGCAAACUUGGGUUGAGGGUUUGGCCACCGAGUUAAGGACGGAUUCUAUAUAGCCCGUGGAAUUAUAGAAUUGUAGGGUGUACCAUCUAGUUUAGAAGUAAUCUGAAGAGUUGAAUUAGUAUUUUACAAGAAUGGUUGAAGCUCAUCAAAAUUAUGCCCAUGUGUUUUCAUUUACCGUA